AUGAUGUUAAAGGUAUUUAUUCUGGUGUGCGCAGUGGCGACGGCUCAGGCUGGGGGCUUUCUAGCACCCGUUGGAGUUUAUAGUACUCACUAUGGAGGUCUUGGACCUUGGAAUCCUUACAGUUCAUAUCCAGCACAGCCGGCGAUUUCUUCACAACAUUCCAAUAUACUGAGAACACCAUUUAAUCUCGGACAGGUAUCAACCUUCUCUAAGGCUGUCGACACACCAUUCUCAAGCGUUCGGAAGUCAGAUGUGCGAAUUAGUAAUCCUGGAGUAGCAAUUGCGCCAGCUUAUCAAAGUUAUGCGACGCCUUUGGUGUCGCACUAUGGUGUAGCAGCACCUUUAGCUGCUCCGGUGGCCAAAGUAGCUGGAGGUCUCCUAGGCGUGGCGUAUUCUGCUGCCCCGGCUGUGUCUCACAUGACCUACACCAACGGUCUCGGUCUAUCGUACGCUUGGUAA